GUUGGGUUGUGUUGGUGCGAUCGAUUCGGGCGGCGUGGAAGCGCAACAUAGCACGCACAACAACGAUAGCUGUGGUCGCGAGUGGUUCCGUUUCUUUGCUCAAGUGACGGCACAAGUGUUUGCCAGUUUCCCGUGUGGGUUUUUUUGUGUUAAAAAACACCAACGACAUCCCCCCAACCCGGACGUACUGCCCUUGCCGGUAUGGUGUAGUGGUAUCAUGUCCACCAUCGAGGAGCGUACAGCGUACCUAGACAAUCCCUACUUCAAAGGACACAUCUACGGGAACUUUAACCCGUUCUACGUCACAAUCGCCAUCUGCACCGUGAUCGGUGUGUUCAUCAUCGUGCUGAACGUCGUGUGCGGUUGCUGCUCCAAGCACAAGCAGUACUGGCAGGAUAGGCACACAGGAAAUCGGUGGUUAGUGUCAUUUUGGUCAGCAACACCGCACAAGCAACCACCACUCGAUCUGACGGAGCUGAAGGACGCCAGCCACUUCCAGCCAGUUAACCCCGACGUUGAGCGUCCAGUCGAGUACACCGUAUCGCACCACCGUCCCCAGUAUCAGUAUCCACCGGCCGCCGUGCGUGGAGCAUCCCCCCAGGGCUACCAUCACCGGGAAGAGUACGUGGAGUUGCAGAAGCGUGAAAGUGACAUCUAGGCGAAAUGGCUUGGUUGAUCGUUUACCCGGCGGUGGCCAUGUUGGCCAUGUUUAUCGUGCUGAUCAUCAUGCUGAUCUUGCGAUAUGGUGCGCAGCUGUGUCAGCUGCGCCAUCACGCCCUACCGGACGAUCAGGACAUGCGUGAUCAGGCGUACGAUCAGAAGGUUAGCUACGCCUGACACGCAUCCAGGAAGGGGGAGAAGGCGUCGCCAUCAAUGACACCAAAAUGCAGUUCCGAGUAAGAGAGUGUGAGGCACUCUGCAUCAUUAUUUUAUAUCUCUCUCCUACCAACUUCAUAACAUUCCACUCGAAAAAAUUUUAAUAUUUUUUUCUAUAAGUCGGGAAAUGCUUUUGACAUUUUCUCCCGCUGCUCUGUAUUUAGAGAUUAGAGACAUUUUUUUUACUAACAUAGGGUAGUAGCAUCGUGCCUUUUCUAAGACUUGAAUCUCUUGAUGUACCACAUUCCGUCCACGGGGAAAGCGAUUUUUGUUUUACCGAAGCAUUUACCGAAACAAUGCUGCGUUGUAAGAACAAUUUUUAUCCGAUAGGAAAAGCAUUUUUUGCUAGAAAUAUUCCAUUGCAACGGUAAAGCGCACAAGAGAAGCCACUUUCUUUUAAUGAAAAUGUUCGAUUUAGCAAAACACUGUAAGAAGCAAUAAGAUGCAGUAGAACAACAAUAAAGGUACAACCUCGUCAACCUCUA